AUGCCAAAACAAAUAGAUCCCCUUUACUACAGCAGAGUAUUGGCGUGGGCUCUUCGACGACCUAUCAUUACCUGCAGAGUGUCUGUGUCCGGCAUCAGUCCCUUUGUGGGAAAAAGAUCAAUACAGAAGAGUUCAUUUAGCCGACAAUUCUCUACAUUCCAAGGCAGGGCGUUUGCAGAGGCCAAAAGCCACGAGGAGGUUAGAGAUAAAGAACAGAAGUCUUCGAGCGAACACCCAGAGGUCUCUGACGCUGAUACCAAGAUUGCAAGCCCAGAGUCAGCCUCCCUUUUCAACUUCUCCAAUCCAGUGGUGGUGCCACCGGAUACGAUGAAGCCGGAAAACGCCGAAGUAGACGAGGAAAUACCUGAGGAUUUUCUUACCACCAUUUUUGACAAGAUGGAACCAUACAUUGAUACAUACGACGUAUACAAGCAGCUCACGCGAGCAGGGUUCACCCCAGAGCAAAGCGAUGAGAUUAUCAACCUUCUCAUUGUUCAGCUUAACUCGAAGCUUCUGAAGCUUUCGACGAAAUACUCACAGGAGUAUGAGCUUGAGAACGAAAGAUACCUCUUUGAAAGCGCUCAGCAAGAACUCAAUGUCGACAUCACGCGAAACCGUGAGCAUCACAUUAACGAGCUGAUUAAUCAAAUCAACGUCUUAGAGCGGGAUUUUGGGACUAUUAGAGAUGAUUUAAAUAACCAUUUCAUCCAGAUGAAGAACGACAUUCAGGUUGCUAUCAAUGACCAGAAAUCUGAGAAUACCCUCAUGAGCAAAAACAUCAUGUUACGAAUCAAGGAGAUAAAUCACAAGAUUACUACAGAUUUCACCAUGGCCAUGAGGUCAGAAAUAGAAGGGCUUCGCUGGCACUUGUCACGUUGGGGAUUGAUUGCAAUCUUGGUGUCGGUGUUCUCCUCCUGCGCCGCAUUCUACGUCUACAGGAUCAAGAGCUUCAGAAAGCAAGCUGAAAAGAACGAGUUUAUUCCUUUGGUCAUCUAUGAGCCUAGUGAGUAUGACGAGGACGAUUUCCAUGCUGACUUGGAUCCAACCAUCGUAUAA